UGUAAAUGAACCCUUAUUACUCUUACUAUCCCAUAUCCUCAUAAAAUAGUAAGCAUUUUUACAUAAUAUAUAUAGACUAUUGGCAAUAUUACUAAAAUUGCAUGGCCCCUUAUUGGUACUAGAUGAACAAUUCGUAACCAUAGAACUUUUCUUAUUAAAUGGGAUGUUAAAAUGGGUCACAAUUAGAUUUAAACAAGAAUUAAUCUAAUUGUGUUCAAAUUCCAUCCAAUAAUGACACCUAUGAUUUUUAAGCCUUGGAAAGAGUUAAGACUCAAAAUAACAUUGAAAAGACAGACUUGAUUGACGAUGUAAAUUUAAAGAAAAAAGUGAAAAAAUAAAGAGGUAUAUAUAUUCAUUAGAAAUUUAGGUCACUGGACUAAUGAAGAACACUAUAAGUUUUUGUAAUUUGUUAGACUGCAUAGUGAUCUUUUCAAAACAACUGUCCAUAAGAAAUUAAAUCGUGUUUUUAAAAUGAUGGCUGAAGAAAUUUAAACUAGAAAUGCUUGUUAAUGUAGAUCUCAUUUCUCCAAAUUUAAUCCAUUUAUUGAAACAGUAAGUUAAUUUCAUAUAUAUAUUUAGACCAUCCUAAGAAGAAAAUUGUGUAAUGACGAAUAAGUAUAUUAAAAAAUGUUUGAAAAUAAUAACAAACUUGAUGUGUAAUGAUAUGUUUAAAAUAAUCAUAAUUUAUAGAAAUAUUUAUAUAUAUUUAUUUAUAGAAAUAUAUAUAUAUUUAUAUAUAAAAAUAAAAGCAUAAUAUAUGUCAUAACUUCUUAAUAAGAUGGUAUCAUUUGCUGUUCUUAUCGUAGUUUCGAAACACAAGUCAAAGUGAAUUCAAAGUGCCAAGUAUUAUUUCAUGAUAAUUUCAUGAGCAAAGUAAAGCAUUGCCAGAUGACUUCGCCUAAUAGAUCUUAAACAACGACAUCAUUUUAGUGCUCAGCAAUUACACCAAUAAUGAAGCCUUGAAAAAUUUGAUUUAAUUGUAUAUGGUAAAAAUAUAUUCUUAAAAUAAUAGUAAGGAGUAGAGUAUUAUAAGGAAUGUGAAAAUAAAGCACAUGAAUACUUUGAAAUAAAGUUAAAAAAUAUAUUUACUAAUCCAUCAAUAUUACAGACUUCAUAAUAAUAAUCCAAACAAAGUACACCUCCAGAGAAGAAUAAAAUUGAAGUACCAAAAAUAAAUGUAGCAUAAACUUCAUAUUCAUUUAUGAAUAAAUCUAAGACUUCUAAAAAGUCAGAUAACAAUAUACUUUCAUUUAGUUUUCAAGAACCAGUUGUUGAUAAAUUUUUUUAAUGUGGAUCUACAAUUAACAAGAAUCCAAAUAGUUAAAGUUUUAGUAAGAUAAUAAAGAAUACAGAGAGUAGUCAUAGUGGAGGGGAAGAGGAGGAGGAAAACACUCAUUAGAAAAAUAUUAUAGAAUAAGAGAAGGAGGAGAAAAUUAAAGAAAUUCAAAAUUAAGUAAUUGAAGAAUAAAUCAUAAUUUAAACAGAAGGUAGAGCAAAAGAAAUAGCUAUAUAAUUUAAGAAAUAGGAAAAGCGUAUAUCAUAGGUAAUUAAAAAUUAAAUGAUUAUUAAAUAGUAAAUAGAAGCAGGAAUGAAUGCAUAAGAAUCUAGUAUUUAAAAAAGAAUGGAAAUGAGAAAACUUCGAUCUUAAUUUUCAUUACACAAUAUUAAUAAAACCUAGUCUACACCUACUAUAAAAUAAAUAGAUUAACAUAAAAUUCCAUAAGAUGAUCCAAAUUGUAUUCCUGAAGAAAUUAAUGAAAUAGGGAGUGGCAAGUUAUCUUCAAAUAAGAAGCAUGUAGAAGUUAAUUAAUUUUAAUUUAAUGAUGAAUGUAAAUGAA